CAGGCCUCUGGGAAAGGGUCUUCAGCAGGCACUCUGCGCUGGUGCCCAGCAGUCCCGCCUCUUCCCUGCCGCCUUCCGGGGUCUGUGCGGAAGCACAGCCUGCGCACCUGAGAGCCCGAGCCCCCGCGGUCAGCGCUGACAACAAGCCUACUUGUCGGUAUGGACGUGCCAUUUUAAGAAGCGAGAGGACUUUCCUGGGGGCGGAAUGAUAUACCCCAGCGCACGAGCUGGCCGCGGAGAGCGGUAGGAUGCAAAUGCAGAUGUUACCCCCUAUCUCUGCUCUCCUGAGAACCCGCCCCGCCCCAAACCGAAGUUGCAACCUCUGCAGCACAUAGAAGAGUAGCCUGUCCCCAAAUCCCAGAGACGUGAUUGUAAAGUGAAGGGGGACAGGACCUCACCAUUUGCUGACCUUCACAGUUUUUUACCUUCUUGCAGGAGCAGCAGAAAAUGAACGAAGCUGAGGGAUCAGUGUCAUUCGAAGACGUGGCUGUGGAGCUCACCAGGGCUGAGUGGCAGUGCCUGGGUCCUGGGCAGAGGACCCUGUACAGAGAGGUGAUGCUGGAGAACUACAGCCACCUCGUCUCCAUGGGGUAUUGCAUUACCAAACCCCCAGUGAUCUUAAAGUUGGAGCAAGGUGAAGAGCCCUGGUCCUUAGAGGAAGAAUUCCUAAGCCAGACGUACCCAGGAUAUUACAAAGUUGAUGUCCACAUUGAGGAGAACCAGGAAAAACAAGAGAAACCUCGUUGGCAAGUAAUAUUCAUUGAUGAUAAACCACGGAGUAAAGAAAGGCAGAUAGUUUUAGAUAACGCAACUCUGUUUAACCACAGGCGAACUGGUUCAAGGGAGAAAUGCUUUGAUCUUAAUGAUUGUGGGAGAUCCUGUGACAAAGCCACUAUUGAGGAAUACGAUGAAGUUCAGAUGACUGUGACACACUAUGAAUGUAAUGAAAGUGGAAAUAAUUUCAACAGGAAUUUAUUCCUCAUUCAACCUCAGAGAACUGUUACAAGACAUGGUGCUUUUGAAAGCAGUAAAUGUGAAGAAAACUUGACCCAAAGCUCAGCCCAUCUGGUACAUCAGAAGACACAAACUGGAGAUAAGGUCUGUGUUUUUAAUGGAUGUACAAGUGCCUCCUACCAGGACUUAGACCUUACAAUACAUCAGAGAACUCAGACAGAAGAGAAAUUCUACCAAUGUGGUAAACAUGGGGAAUCCUUGCAUCAAAACUCACUUUUCAGUGUACAUCAGGAAAAUGACAUAGGAGAGAAGGCAUUUGAAAGUAAUGAAUGCAGGAAGUUCUUUUACCAGAAAGCACACCUCAUUCAGCAACAGAGGACCCACUCAGAGGAGAAGACUUGCGAAUAUGAGGAGUGUGGGAAAUUCUUCUGUUCAAAUUCACACACUAGUGAUUAUCCUGGAACUCAUAUGGGGGCCUGUCUCUAUGAAUAUAAUGAAUGUGAGAAAACUUCCUGUCAGAUGUCAAACCUCAAUGAACAUCUGACAGUUCACACAAAAGAGAAACCUUAUAACAAUGAACGUGGGGAAUCUUACAAGUGCGCCCUCUUAGUACAUCAGAGAACACACACAGAGGUUGAACUCUAUCAAUGUAAUGAAUAUGGGAAAUCAUUCUCCAGGAUGGCACAGUUCAAAGAACAUCAGAGAAUUCACACAGAGGAGAAACCAAAUGGAUGUAUUGAAGGUGGGAAAACUUUCUCUAAGACAUCACAUCUCAGAGCACAUAAGAGAAUUCACACAGGCAAAAAGCCCCAUGAAUGUAUUACAUGUGGGAAAACUUUCUCUAACAAGACACACCUCAGUGCACAUCAGAGAAUUCAUACAGGGGAGAAACCCUAUGAAUGUAAUGCAUGUGGGAAAACUUUUCCCCCGAGGACACACCUCAGUCCUCACCAGAGAAUUUUCAGAGGUGAGAAACUGUAUGAAUGUAGUGAUUGUGGGAGGUCUUUUGCCCAUAAUUCAACCCUUAGAACACAUCAGAGAAUUCACACAGGUGAGAAACUGUAUGAAUGUAAUGCAUGUGGGAAAAGUUUCACUCAUAAUUCAGCCCUCCGAGUACAUCAAAGAAUUCACACUGGGGAGAAGCCAUAUGAAUGUAAUGCAUGUGGGAAAACUUUCUCCAAGACAUCACAUCUCAGUACACAUCAGAGAAUUCACACAGGGGAGAAACCCUAUGAAUGCAAUGCAUGUGGGAAAACUUUUUCCAGGAAGAUACACCUCAGUGCACAUCAGAGAAUUCACACAGGGGAGAGACCCUAUGAAUGUAAUGCAUGUGGGAAAACUUUUUCCCGUAAGACAAACCUCAGUACCCAUCGGAGAAUUCACACAGGUGAGAAACCGUAUGAAUGUAGUGAAUGUGGGAAGUUUUUUGCUCGUAUUUCUGGUCUAAAAUCACAUCAGAGAAUUCACACAGGGGAGAAACCCUAUGAGUGUAAUGAAUGUGGGACAGCUUUUGCCCACAGUUCAACUCUCAGAGAGCACCAGAGAAUUCACACAGGGGAGAAACCACAUGAAUGUAAUGAAUGUGGGAAAACUUUCGCUCGUAAGGCAGUUCUUCGGGUACAUUAUAACAGAAGGCACACCACAGAGAAAAACCUUCCAUGUAAUGAAUUUGGAAAGUUCUGAAGAAACUGGCUAUUAAAACACACAGUGGAGAAGGUCAUGUCACACAGACUGCAGAUUGUUUCCUUUAACUAUUUCCUCUUCUAAUAGGCACAAGCAUGUCUAACUUUCCCAAUCUGCCUUUCAUCCAGGUGGGGCUGGCCAUGGGUUAUUAUGCUAUUACAUAUCAGCUAAGUUUAGCUUUUAAAAAUUGCAUUCUUCCUGUUCUAUGUUAUUCAUACUGGAAUGGAGAAAUUUGCAAGGCAGACUUGUGUGCUGUAUAUUGAGUAUAGAGCACAAGGUAGUGAUGAAACAAUUUUCCACUAAACAGUCUUCCCCUGUUUUUUUUUUUUCUUUAAACAGGAAUUACAUUUGUAUUUGUUGAGCUCUUAAAGAUUUGGUGUAUUGGUUAAAUGCAUAUAAUUUAGCCAACUCUGUUACAAUGAAGUUAAACCUGUUAACCCUCGGUCGUUGGUGCCAAUUCAGCACCAACAGGAAUCCCUGAUUUGGGGUGCAGUGAGGAAGGAAACUUGACUCAGUGCUAUAGCAUGGCUGUGAAAAUAGCACAGCUGAGGAAUAGCUCAGUUGUGAUGCAGUGCAGCUGUGAAAACAGCAGGGGCUAGGUCACCCUUGGGCCAGGACUCUCUUUGGCCAGGCAGCUCUGGUCUGUUCCAGCAAGGCAUCUCCCAUGUUUCAACUGUAGCUGGGGAAAAACGGUCUCCAGUGGAAAGUUCGCUCCUCAAUCCAGAGGGAAGCUGGCUUCAAUGGACAGAAGUCCCUGCCCUGGUCCCUGAUUGGUCUGUCCUCAUGCACAUGAGGCAUCCAAAUCCUCACAGUUUGGUCCAAAGGCAGUGGUCCUGAUUGGUCAGAAUAGAGCUGCUCUGAUUGAAUGGAGAAAGCCUCAAUCCAAUUGGUAGAAAUAGGAUUCCAGGAAACCCUUAGAAGGGCUGGCUCAGCCAAUGGCAGCUUAGUGCUGAGCAGUUUGCAUGAAAGUCCCCUGUGCAGAAAUGGCUGCUGGCUCUGCUUUUUUUGUUUGUUUGUUUGAGCCAAGGCAGUCACCAGAAGCCCUUCUUAAUAUGUGUCUUUUUUUCCUUCGAGGGUUCACAAACUCUGUAAAUAUAAUAAAUGUCAGAAGAUCUAGCAUAAUUCAACCUGUCAUCGUAUAUUAUAGAACUCACAUGAGGAAGGCAACUUCUGUCAAUAAUCCUGAAUGAUCAGGCAACCUCAUUAAAAAUGAGAGAAAUCUCAGGGAAAAACACAAAGGCCUUUACUUCCCAGUUAACUUUAUUAAACAUCAAACAAUUAAGAUUAGAUAAAACCUUGUAUUUUGUUGUGACAUUUCUAACACUUUGAGUUUGCAACAGGUAAUUUUUUUCUAAGAAAAUGUGUCAGUUUCAGAAAUGAGUAAAAUCUUCACCUAGAACUGAUGUACUAAAACUUGCUUUAUUAAGUUUUAUAGAAAAUAUUUGUGCACAAACUCACUGUGGACAUUUUAAAGAUGGAAGAAUAGCUUGAAUUCUGUGGACAACACUAAUAAAUGUUUGUAACUGGUCUCUGAGUUAUGUGUACAUCUGUUAGUCUGUGUAACAAUAGAAGGCAGUAGCUGAACCUGGUCUGGACUGGUUAACUUUUCUGAGCAACAUUCUAUGUUUGUUCUCAACCUUGGCUACACAUUAGAAUCACCUGGGAAUCUUUUUAAAAUCCUGAUUUCUGGGCAUCAUCCUCCGGAAAUUCCGUUUCUUUGUGAUGGGGUGGGGCCACAA